GCUGCUUCGAGAAUCACUUYAAGUCAUUGAUAGUCAAGCUAGGGUUAUAGUAACUGCUACUGCUGCUGCUGCYRCUGCUAAUAUGGCAGUGUACAUGUUGGGCCAUUUUUCUCUUCUAGUUCUUUUAUCUAGUGUCUUUGUUCAAAUUCAUGCGAAUGGAAAACCCCAAAACAAUCGAAUUCUAACUGUGGAAAGAUUUGUGAGUGACGAGCCGUUAAUUGACGAUGGUAGUGGGGAAUGUUCUGAUUGUGUUUGCGUUAACGGUACAAAUGGAAAGGACGGUAAAGAUGGAAAAGAUGGACAGAGUAUCGUAGGCCCUAUGGGACCUCCGGGAUCACCCGGGUUAAACGGUGCACCCGGUGUCGAUGGACGAAAUGGAACAGAUGGAAAACAAGGAGCCCGAGGAGAAAAGGGUGACCAAGGAAUACCAGGACCUCAAGGACCGCGUGGACCGCCAGGAGUCUGUGACCAACAUCUACUUGAUACAAUUACCCAAGAUAUUGCGAGCCUUAAAGAUCAGGUUCGUCUCGCUCAAGAAACAAUAGACAAAAAGUACAAUACUCUCAACAACAAGAUUACUGCGAAUGAAAAAGUGGUUACUACUUUGAUAAAUGAAWUAAAUCAAGUAAAACUGAGGGCUAAUCAAGACUUCUUCGAGCUGUCAACCGCCAUCAAGAUCGUCAAUGACAGUCGAAUCCCUGGGCCUCCGGGACCCCAAGGAGAACAAGGACCACGUGGCAGCCAGGGGUCUAAAGGUGAAAUGGGCCCUCAAGGUCCGCAGGGACAACGAGGACCAAAAGGACGAAAAGGRAACAGAGGACCAAGAGGACCACAGGGAGAAAGUGGAAUAAGUGCCUUAAGGGGAUGCAAGCAUCGUGAAACUAAAAGCAUGGGAAAUACAGGAAAAGUUGAUGUGAUCGGGAUCCCAGAACCAAGCCCUGGUCACGUGUUAGUGGGCGUCACAUGUUCAUCAGAAGGCAGAACGAUUAACAAGCUAGUCCCAAUGGCAACAUCCCCAUAUACAUGUGAAUGUACUCGAUACAAUGAUAAUAGCUUGAGUGAAGGCAAUUUCGGCGAUGAUGAUGAUGAUGAUGAUGAUGAUGAUGACAAAAGGUCAUCACUUGGUACAAAGAGAAUACGUUGGGGCACCCGCAAACGAUUCUUCUCUCGGCGACGCUAUCAUAGACCGCCCAGUAAGAUAUAUUGUAUAAUACAUUACUGGGAGUGCCCGACUAACUAGACCMAGUUGUUUGUAUCUAUGACAACAGGCCCCAGUAUAUCACGUGAUUAAUAUUAGCAUUCACAAUAAUCACGUGGUUACCAGCAGUCAUUACGAAUAAUAUAUCCCGCAUAUCGAUAUUUGUAACGUUUCGAUUAAACAAAUGCUAGAUUUCA